ACAGGAAACAUGAGGCUGCCGGGUGAGGAGGGCUGGCCUCGCCGUAAUGAGAGGAGUCAGGUAACCGUGCGGCUCACACCGACCUCUUUCCUCCUCACACACGGACUAUAAAGACGCUGCAAGACCGAGGACAUUGUUACCUUUUCCACUCAGGCUGUGGCUCCCCGCCUUAGGCUAACUUCAGAGGACUUUAAAGAAAGUUUGAAUUCUGACGUCGCCUCGUCCCGCUGUUUUCAAUGUGACGAACGUGUGGCUGCGCAGCGGAGCGAAGAAAGCCGAGCUUUUCAGGUGUUUUGACUCGUGUUGUUUCUCUUCCUUUUGGAGCCACGAAGGGAAGAGUCCUGGAAGCAAGAUAAUUAUCCCCUUUACUUUUUAACGAUUGGCGUUUUUUAAUUAUUAUUUUUAAACUUGGUGUAUUUUUUCCAAGACGCAAAGCUUAAACAGGUGCCAGGAUGGAUGAGGCCGAGAAAUACAAACAGCGACUGGAGGCCAUUGCUGAGAAGCGCCGGCUACAGGAAGAGCAGGACAAAGUCAGAAGAGAAAAGGAGGAUGAGAGGCUUAGACAACAACAGCUCAAGAGGAAGUCUUUAAGAGAUCAGUGGCUGAUGGAAGGAAAUCCUUUGUCUCCCUUGUCACCAAACACCCAGAACACCUUUUCCUCUCUGUGGGGAACACAGGAGCAGGAUAUGGAAAAGCAUGCUGACAGGUUGCAGUCGGAGGAUCAGCAGGUGACUGCACAAAAAGAUCACAAAAUGGAGGCAUUAAAAGAGGCAGAAACUAAAGCAGAAAACAUCUACAAUUUUUCAGAGAAUGGAGAUUCUACAGCAUUAAGAUACAAACCAGCUGGUGAUGAAGUCAAAGUAAACCAAAAUACACCACAGGGUGAAACCGCAGUCAUUUUGACCAAUGGUGGGGGCAGCAGCGAAGACAUCAGUUCUCAUGCCGUCUCAGGGCAUAGUGAGACGAGCACAAUAGAACCAGCCGGAACCACCAAGGAUGCCAGUAAUGUUGAGAUGGAGUCAGAGAUUAGCACAACUGCCACUCCUUUCAGUCAGGUUCCAAAUGCUGACAUGAAUGAGGAGGAGGGAGAAGAAGACGGGACUGUGGUGAUGAGAGCAGAGUGUGUGUACAUCACAGAUGAAGGGGAUGAUGUCUCUGGGGACCUUUCUUCCCUGAAGGACCAGCAGGAGUCCACGCAGAAUCCAGAGGGAGUCCAGGAGAUUGUAGAGGUUGUGGAGCAAGUAGCAGAAACAGGAGGAGGUCCAGAAACAGGAGGAGGUCCAGAAACAGGAGGAGGUCCAGAAACAGGAGGAGCUCCAGAAACAGAAGGAGGUCCAGAAACAGGAGGAGCUCCAGAAACAGAAGGAGGUCCAGAAACAGGAGGAGCUCCAGAAACUUCACCAGUGGCUGAGAAUGGGGAAGCAGCUGAGCUCACUGUCAAAGACCAAUUAACACCUGAAGACAGAGGAGACAUAAAAGGCAAUACAGAACCAAGCAGCCAGCCAGAUGAAGAGACAGAAGUCAAAGGCCGCGAUGAAAAACAGGAAGAACCAGACAGCCCACAGCCACCCACAGCUCUGGACUCUGGUGCCGUUUCUUUGGUGCCCAUCUAUCCCGAAGCGUCUCCCUCUGCUCUCAUUUCAGAAAUGGAGGCUGAGGCCAAAGCUGAAGCACCAGCAGUGCCCGAGGUGGCAGAAGAAGCAGUAAAAGUGGAGGAACCUGCCUGUAAUCUCGGCCAGUUCCAGGAGGUGCUUCUGACUGAUUCCCAGGACAACCAGAACACAGAGGCAGAGCCUGGAGAGCAGGAGGCCCUUCUGCAGAAAAUCCCAUCCCCGGACCUGAACGUAGAACUUGCAGGACCAAACAGCCUUCCCUAUUCAGAGACACUGAGCCCAAGCAAAUCUAGCCAGGGAGAGAAAUCUGAGACGCCCAAACAACAAACCUGCCAGUGCUGCUCUGUCAUGUAAUUGUUCCUCUGGUCACCUCGGUUUUAUGCAUCCAUUCCAUUUUUGCUGCAUUUUUUUUCUCCUCUACUCAAAGUUGAAACAGCUUGAUAUUACAGAUUUUUAGCCUCAUUAGCUCAUUACCCGGAACAACCUUAUUGAAUUCUCUUUGUACAAACAAAACUAAAACAUGGAGGACUUUGUUGAGUUUGAGAGAACCUUCAUUGUUUUAGACAUAAACUAGUUAGACUACAAGCACCUCCACAUCUUAGUUGCAGUAAAGUAAAAACAAUAUGCUAUUUGCAGUAAUAAAUAUUUGAACAUAUCUGGUGAAACUUGUUUUUGUCUUUGAUUUCUAGCACUUCUAUCCAUUUAGGCAUUUUAUGGGAAACACUAAUAUUCCACGUAAAAUUUUUUAUUAAUUUGGAACAUUGUUAUAGUGUCAUAUACAGUAUUCAUUUUAUUUAUAAACUGGGGCCACCAGUUAGCAUUUUAGGAACCUUGGACGAUUUUAAGAAAUAGAUUUAUUUUUGAAUACCUGAAAGUGUGAAUAUAGUAUUUCUGUGAAUUGGUGUACAUACUGUAAACAAAACUGCUUGUGGAUCUUUGGAGCUUUGCUGUGACUGUUGGAUGGGUUCAUGAUUAAACCAACGUUUGUGCUA